UCAGUGCCAGUUGCUAGCGCAGUGUUGAGGACGAUUUCAUCCACAUAAAAAAUAAAUGGUGUGCUGAUUGUGUGAUUUGCUUAUUAACUACUACAUUAGUAAACCACAAAACAAUUGCAGUGAUUAAUUUCAAAAGUAUAUUGCAACGAAAAUACAGCAUUUGUGUACGCUUCCCUAAAUAACCGAGAGAUUCCAGCACGCUGCUGUUAAUUGUUUUAACUAUAGUUACUCUAUAUGUAUGCUACUGUGUGUGUGUGUAUGAUUUAUAUAGGUGUAUUGUAUGCGAGUAUACAAGAGUGAUACAAGUGUGUGUGUGCUCCGAGUUUCUCAGUUGAAUCGCAAAAUUGAGAAUAGAAAGAUGGUGCUCGGUAAAUUGUAAGCGUGAAAAUAAGUAAUAUAUAGAAAACAACAAAAAUAAAAUAAAAUACCUCAACAAUAUUUUGUUGUAUUUCGGUUCGAGUUAAGGAAAUACUUCAGCUAAUAUUUUCUUUGGAAUUGAAGCACAUCCAAAAUGCUUCCUUCGCCGCUGCACUAUUCAACGAUGAGCCCGCUGGCACCACCAGUGCAUGAUCCCAAAAAGGAUUUGUUACGCACGGCACCGUGGUACUGGGGCAACAUCACUCGAGAAGCGGCCAAAAAUGUGUUGGACGGCAAGCCGGACGGCAGUUUUUUAGUGCGCGAUGCGCAAGCCAAGAAAGGUGAAUACACAUUGACCCUGAUGAAGGAUGGCAACGAGAAACUGAUCAAAAUAUGCCACAUGAAUGGCAACUAUUAUUUCGUGGAGAAAUAUCCAUUCAAUUCGGUUGUGGAAAUGAUCAACUAUUACACAGUCAACUCACUGAAAAUGUACAAUAAAACGCUGGACAUAACGCUCAGCAAUCCCAUCUAUUGUCCCUAUGACGAUGAUGAAGCACAGCCUCAGGGUGAUAUACGCUUGCUAAGCGAUGAAUUUAUACGCUGUUCCCAACUGUUGUUGCAACGCGAACAGGCGCUCGACCAGAAGAAGACCGCAUUCAAUGAGAUACGCGAAGAGCUGGUCGAAAAGAAGUUGCAUCAGAGCGUGUUCUGCAAUGCUGAGAAAAUGUUUCGCAGUCAAAUUGCAUUGAUUGAAUCGUUCAUGAUAAAGCCGGUGAAUAUUGGCGGUGGCACAACGACGACGGGUUCAACGACUGGUGGCACCACCGGCAGUAUUGUGGGUGGUGGUGUCAAUAAUGUGGGUGGCUGCAACAACGCCAAGUGGCAGGAGGAGCACGAACAUAUGCAGGAUAAUCUGGCGAAACUGAAAUGCCAUCUCGAGGGUAUGCACAAUAAAAUGGAUACUCUGAAUUUGUACAUUAAGACGCGCAAGGAGGAGGAACAGUUGCUGGAGCGACAGAUUAAUGCGAGCAAGCCAGAGCUACAGGAAUUGCAAUUGCGCAAGGACAAGCACAUUGAGCGCCUGAAAGGCUUUGGUCUAACGGAAGACGAUCUGAAUGUUAUACUAGAGAUGGGCUUCGAUCAGUGGAAGCAAUACUUUGAGAAGGCCUCCAAUCAGCCGCAUCGCAACGAGGCGCUCUGGUUCCUCAAGGAUGCCAAGCGUCGCGAUGCCGAGGAGCUGCUGAAGGACGCACCGACUGGCACAUUCCUGAUACGAGCACGCGAUGCCGGACACUAUGCGCUCUCGAUAGUCUGCAAGGCGGGCAUUCAUCACUGCAUCAUCUAUGAGACGGAGACGGGCUUUGGCUUUGCGGCGCCAUACAAUAUCUAUUCAUCGCUGAAGAAACUCGUCGAGCAUUAUGCGAGCAAUUCGCUGGAGGAGCACAACGAUACACUGACCACAGUGCUGCGCACACCCGUCUUGUAUUGGGUGCAGAAUAAACAGCAUAUUCUCACACAGAUGCAGGAGGAGCUGGAGCUGGAACAGGAACAGGAGCGGCUGGCAGCACAGGAAUCCACGGAGCUAAUGCCGCCGCCAGCAGUGACAUCGUUGCAAGCGGCAGCGAUGGCAAUGCCAAGUAGUGCGCCCAUACCAAUGACAAGAGUGCGCGAUCAUCACCAUCAUAGCGGCCAUGACACGGUGGAUGCAUCGCUGGGUAGCAGCGAAACCGAAACACCGCCAGCGUCCACAUCGCCUUCCAAUUUUAGCACAUCGCAAUAGGCGAUUGAUUAAUUGAUUGAUUGAUUGAUGCAUGUGCAUGCAGGCAAAACUGCAAAACAAAAUCUCCCUGUGCUUCAAGUCCAUGGCCAUAAACCUCAGGCUCAGCUAAUUAUAUUCUCUCAUAUGUAGGAUUCAUCAUCUGCGAUGCAACUGAUUCCCGCUAUCUUCCCCCCACCCCCAAAAAAACACAACCCCCAACACUGUGUCCCUCUAUAUAAUGUAUAAUGUGUCGUAUCUCUCUUAAUCGUAUAAUGCAACAAUUCUUUGUGUGAUGGCAGUGGCCAAGCACGGGGUUUUGAUAUGGCGAACAGUUCAACUGUCCCAUCGACCCGUGCGAUAAAAAAAAAACAAAAUACCGUUAAAAAACGAAACAGUAACAAGUAAUUUGGUGAUCAUGUUGAUGUUGUUUAUAACACACACACAUAUACUAUAUCUGUGUGUUUCUAUCUAUAUAUCUCCAUAAUGUAUAUGUGUACGUGUUUUCCGUUUUUUCCGAUUUUUUUUCAAUUUUUCCUUUUUUGUUGGUAACAAUUAACAAAUGCAUUUCGCUUGAUAAGUGAUAACGUCAGGCCAACUGCUAAUGUAAAUUAAGUGGCACAGUCCACAUAAUAAGCAACUAAUCGUAUCUUAAAAAAGUAACAUUAAUUAUUCCCCAUUCAAAUCGGUUAAGCUUUGCACGCUGCGCGUCCUUUACAGCUGCCGAUUGAAAAGAAAAACGGAUCUGAUAACAAAAAAGAAAGAAAACUAAAUACUAAAAACUUUAACUGGAAACAAAAACAAAAAGAUGAAAAACUCUUUGUCGUGUUCAUAGUAAAUAAAUAUAUAUAUGCAUGUAUAUAUUUAUUUAUGUAUAUAUACAAAACAUAUAUAUAUCUAUAUCUAUAUAAAUAUAGGUUUACUUUUUUUUGAAAUUCGGUCGAUCGGUCAGCCGAUAUUUGCAGAUUUUGAUAAUCCAAUCCGACCACCAAAUUAUUUGUUGUUAUAUUACGGAGUCUAAAUGAUUUUGAAAUAGUUUUUAAGUACAAUUUACAAAAUACGUAUGGUACGUUUACUCGAUGUGAUCAGUUAGUUGUCUGUUGCUACUUUAUCAUAAUCAUAAUCAUUUUUUUGUUUAGUUUUUUUUUUGUGUGUGGUUCUUUUUGUAAACCAUCUCGUAUAGUUCUAUAGCCUUUUGUGUUGUUUAUAUUACUUAAAAACUUAACAUUUACGACAGCAUACCUUAAAUACAACUUCAAAUACACACACACACAUACAAACACACACACAAACGUGCAGCUACAAAAGUGCAAUCGGCAAAAAAGAAAACAAACUUUUUACAUUUGUUAUUUAUACAAAAAAUGCAAGAUGGUCAUUAAAAAAUGCUCCACAAAAAGACAAAAAAAAAAAAAAAAAAAAAAAAACAA